GCAAGCCACGUCUCAAGAAGAAAAGCAUCAAUUCCAAAUGUGGCUCACUUACAGGCAUUGGAAGUUGCUUAGGGCCCUUUGAGCAAUGUCCUAUAGGUCUUGAAACAAUGGCGUGCGGGCGUUUGAACGGCAGUCAGGGUGGAAAUGAUGGGAAUAUCAACUGCCAUCAGAUUGAAGCUUUCUUGGCGAUAAUGCUACAUUACAUAGUGGCGGGAUACUAUUAGAGAUGAUAGUUGGACGAAUAUUCAAGAGGAAAAUCUACGCGUAACAAUGUCAUGAGAGUUUUCAUGACCCAUAAAGCCAUUCCUGUACAUACAAGUGUAUGAGGCCAUUCGUAACCUCAACGGGAGAUGAACAUCCGUAUUUCUCAACCGCGUUUUUCUUACAAAUUCUAAUGAAGAACCGAAAAUUAUUUCUUAUUUCUCAUGCAAGAGCCUUUGCAUUCAUCAACUCGAAUGGCUUGAACCUACAAUGGUCUAGAUUCAGGGUAAAACAAAACAUAUCAAACUCGCACGGAUGAUCUGAUGAAGCUCCCGGAUCUAAUGAUCUGUGCGUUCUAUGCCGUGGAUGCUUUUAAUUAAGCUUUUCUACCCGUUGUCACCCAUGGGGAUAUCAUAUAAGUAUUAGCCCUUGAGAUCUUGUACUUUGUUGUGUGUUGAACUCGAAUAUUUCAAUUGUGAGGUUUCAGAUCCGUCGUUCACCAAUUAAACAUCAUGUCAUCACAUGAAAGGCAUCUUUCAACGAGCUCCGUCUCUAGUCAAACCCCAUUAAAGAACACUUAUAGUCAUGGAUCGAUGUAUCAAGGAAACGAAGAGUCACAACCGAAGUUAAAGUUAUUCGAAAAUCCAUUAGCUCAUAAUAGGAGGAAAUAUUCGAUAACACCUCCAAUUCCGAGUCCCAUACAUGAGAUAUCUGGUCCUAUCAAUAUUGCUAGAAAACAAUCAUACGAUAAAUCGAUCGAGAACCAAUAUGACGAUAGGAAAGUUGAUCGAUUUUCGAAAGAUGAUGCAGAAGAAGAAAUGUUCGAAACCCCCGAGUUUCGAAGAUAUGAGGAGACUACGAACAUGGAACUUUUCUAUGAUCUUUUUUUCGUUGCAAAUCUGACGACGUUCAACGAUGUACAUGAUGUCAAUGAGAUCGAUGCACUCAAAUCAUAUGCUGGCUUUUUCUGCAUCCUUUGGUUCUUAUGGUUACAAGUCAGUCUUUUUGAUGUUCGAUUUGUUACGGAUAGUAUAUUGGAGAGAAUAGGAAAAGCAUGUCAAUUUGGUGUUAUGAUUGGAUUGGCAAUUGUCGGACCAGACUUUAAUUCAUCGGAUCAAAAGCCUGGUGCUUUUCGUUCACUAGCAAUCAUCUUAAUGUUUUCGCGACUUGUGUUGAGCUUUCAAUAUUCUGUUAUACUGUAUCAUGUUUGGUAUUAUAAAAAUUCAAAGUUACCACUCUUUCUUGUUGUUGUGGCCAAUAUCAUAGCUGCACUAGUGUAUUUUUGCACUUUUUUUGGAUUCUCAGAAGAAACAUCUAAGACUGGCAAGGCGUUCAUUGUUUGGUAUGUCACAGCUAUCUUAGAGACAGCAGUCAACAUUGCCAUAUCGUCGAAGUGGAAGGUUUUAAGUUUCAGAGGAUCUCAUCUUGUUCAAAGAAUGACUCUACUUACUCUGAUUAUUUUGGGUGAAGGUAUAAUUGGAGUUAGCAAAAGUACUGCGGAUAUUGCAGAACAAGAGGAGAAAUGGACCGCGCCACUCAUUCUUACUAUUGUAUCAGCUGUUGGAAUAAUUUACUUCCUCUACAUGCUUUAUUUUGACUGGCUUAACCGAUCUCAGUUUGGUUCCAUACGUCAACAAAUAUGGGCAUUUCUUCACUUCCCAUUCCAUCUCGCACUAGUAUUUCUCGUCGAAGGUGCUGCCCAGUUUAUCAGAUGGCGAAAAGUAGUCGAGGUUAUCAGCCAAGUCAGCAAACAAUACGUGGAUCAAUUUAAGAAAAUCCCCGCCGUCGAUAGUCUCGAUCUCAAAACACGCUUAGCAAACGUCACUCAAAGCAUCUUCGAAAAAUUCCCUCCGGAAUUCACACAAACCUUUACAGAUACCCAAAGAGCUUUGUUCAAUAUUGGUAAUACGACUCUUGGGUCCACAGAACAAUUGGGAAAUAUUACGACGCUGUUUUCCACAGUGCAGGAUUCUCUAUUCGAUAAUUUCGGAAUCGAUCCCCCGGAAAGUGAUAAUGCGGUUACAGAUCCUAAUGAAGAAUGGAAUGAAAAUCUUGGAGUUCUUGCUCUUGUGUUCACCUACUUCUUCCUCGCCUCUGGCCUCACCCUCAUCCUCAUGAACAUCCUCCACGCACUCAGUCGACCCGCCAUGACGCGUGCAGAUAAACUUCGCAGCGCAGUCAAUUUCAUCCUCUCAAUUACAUUACUCGGAUUAGCAGGCAUAUCGAAUACGGAUGCGGGAUUUGCGUUUGCGCAAAGUGCGGGGGUUUUGCCGAGUGUGGCGGGGGUGUAUUUUUUUGUUAUGUUAUUGGGAUAUACGAAAUUGAUUUGGUGAUAUAUUAAGAGAUGAGAGUUGGGGAUUAAUAUGAUUUUGAAACGGGAUGGAGUAUAUUCUUUUAAUAAAUAUAAUUUGAAUAUAUAUAUUUGAUUUUGAUUGUUCGAGUGGUUAUUAAAGAAUAAUGAGAUGAUGGAUAUUAAAAUGAGAU